CGUAUAACGUAUUUCAAAUGAAAUAAUUAAAAACAAAAACCGUUGUCCGUUAGACGUUGGGUAAUUCGAGGGUAAUCAUCAAAAUUCGUGUAUUGUAAUGUUCGUGUGACAAGUGUGUGUGGACCUCGUUUGUGAGCAGAAACAACAGAAUGAUUGUCAAACAAGUUUCUAUAUUUUAUGCAGACUUGAAUUGAACUAUGUAGUGAGUCUAUUGUUUUCGCGUUUCAUUUCUAAUUCUUCUAUUGCUCGUAUCCACCCGCCACAAUGGCAAUGGAAUUGCUGGACAUGAACGAAGAUUGGAAACUCGCCAAUAAACUACGCAUAGAGGACUCCGAACAGUUUUAUACGUUAGUCCGAAUGCAUUUAUCUUUUAUUCUAGAGUCGAACAUAAAAGAAGGAGACUGUACUGUCGAAGAAAAGUCGAAAAUAAAACCAAUCAAAUGGUCAUUUAUGAAAAAAGACAAAUGUCCCGUUAAAGGAGUUAUGGAUGGUGCACCAAUUACUCAAGAAGGAAUUUGUCAAGUGUAUCAGCUUAUCGAUUUCUUAUCCCAAGAAGAAAAUAUUAUCCAAGAAGGGAUUUUCCGACGUAAUGGAUCCAUUACCCGCCAGCAAGAGUUGAAAGCUCUCCUUAAUCAAGGACAAACAUUAGAUUUGUACAAUGGUCAAUUUACUGUUCAUGAUUGUGCCACAGUUUUAAAAUCAUUUUUGGCAGAGCAGCCAGAACCUUUAAUGACUGAAGCAUUUUAUCCAGCUUAUUGUCAAAUAGCAGAAUUUUGUCAAAAAAUGGAAAUCAACAAUAAUAGUCAACGUUUUUUAAGAGCUUUACAAUUGUUGUUGCUACUGUUGCCAUUUGACAAUUUAGUAUUAUUAAAAGACAUUAUUAAGUUACUUCAUUUUACUGCUAAACAUUCAGAUAAAAACCGAAUGCCACCAGAUAAUUUAGCAACAUUGUUCACUGGUCACUUAUUUGUUCCUAGAAAAUUACCAGCUGAAGAAAUUUUUGAAAACACCAAAACUUUAUCACAUAUUGUGGUUUAUAUGAUUAAAUUAGGAUUUGACUUAUUUAAAAUACCGCUGAAUUUGGCUGUAGAUAUUAGGGCAUAUUGGUCUAAAAAAACUUUACAACCUGUUAAGGAAGAAGGUACAGUUGCUACAACAGUGUUUUCGUUCACCGAUCGGACAACUACCACCAAAGAGAACGAAGAAAAUCCAACUGUUAAAGCUCUAGCCGAGUUAUAUGCCCAUGUACAAAGUUUACCAGAAUCUGCCGAAAAGCGUAGAAUGUUCAUUAAACGAGUCAGCAAUCAUAGUUCUGUGAUAACACCAAAUAGAAGUUUAACUAAUUCUAUUAAAAAACAUAUAUUUAAAAAAGGAUCCAAACUUAAACAAUGUCCUCCCAAAUCAACAGAGAGGCAAAUAUCUAAGCUUGCCGACGAGAAAUCCAAAACAACUACUUUGUCAAAUAAAGAAAACAAAGACGAUUCAUUUAAGAUCAAAAGAAAAGUUUCAUCAAAAGUAUUGCCAAACAAAGAAGACAAGGAAAUCAAGACAGAAAAUCAUUGUUCUCCUAACCUAGAGUUAUGCAAUCCAGUAGAUUGUUUUUCUACGCCCAGUGUGGUAAAGCGUAUUAAACGAUGCACUAGUACUCCGUCUACCGUUACCCCUCAUCAGCAUCAUCCUAACGAUGAUAUGUCCCCUAUAACGCAGUCGGCCCAGAAAAUGACCAAAUCCAUGCAGGAAACUAUGAUGACCCCUAGGAGUCGAAAACCUGUAGUUGCGUUGUCCAAUUCAAAUAUUCAUAAAAUGAAGCCAUGCAAUAGUGAUUUGAGUAUGACAAACCAACCAAGCCGUCAGAGUUUGAAUUCGGUGUCGUCUAACCCGUAUUAUUUAAUGACAUCUGGAGAUUCUUUAUCAAGCUCGUUCCGAGAUUAUUUAUUCAGCCAGAGCGUUUUGACCGCUAGCCCAGUAGAUCUUAGUUUUGGCGAUACCAGUACAUCGUCCACACAGUCAUUGCUUUCAGAUCUAGAUGAUGAUCCGCUCCACUUCCAAAUAUGUAGUUCUUCUAGUGAAAACUUAACAAAAAGAAAAAGACUGGGAACCAAUAACAUUAAUGAGACAUUGCUGUGAACCAAAUUAUAAAUGUAUAUAUAUAAUACUUUUUUUAUUGUAAAAAUAUUUUCUUCAUUCAAGUGUCUUCCAAUUAUAGAUAUUUAUUGUCUGGAUAUAUUAAGUUAAAUUACAGAACCCAAAUGUUGCAAAAUUAUAAAAAUACCCUAAUAUAAUAUUAUAGUGUUGUAUUAGAUUGUUUGAUGUUUAUGGUGCUGAAUUAUAGCGAUAUUUUAAUCGUCAAUAACGUGUACAAGUAUUUUGAAGUAAAAAAAUUCAAAUAUCUAUAAAAUAGACUUUUAUGUUUGAUUACUGUAAGUGUAGUUAUUAGUUUAAUAAAAUAUUUGUAAUAACACUUUGUUAAUAAAAUUGUAGUUUUAUAUUCACAUUAUUA